AUGGGCAAGGACGAAGGUUUCGCUCCUGGUGACGCUAAGAAGGGUGCCAAGCUCUUCCAGACCCGUUGCGCUCAGUGCCACACUGUCGAGUCUGGCGGUCCCCACAAGGUCGGCCCCAACCUCCACGGUCUCUUCGGCCGUAAGACCGGUUCCGCCGAGGGCUACGCCUACACCGACGCCAACAAGCAGGCCGGUGUUACCUGGGACGAGAACACUCUGUUCUCCUACCUUGAGAACCCCAAGAAGUUCAUCCCCGGUACCAAGAUGGCCUUCGGUGGUCUGAAGAAGGGCAAGGAAAGGAACGACCUGAUCACCUACCUCAAGGAGAACUGCUAA